AUGCUCAUGUUGUGGAGAGCCUCAGCAGCUGGGCGAUGUGUGGCAGCGGCCCAAAGAUCGGUGAACUCUCGCGCAUUCUCUUCUCGAGCGCUGAUACCGGUCACUGAAGUCCGCAAGGGCAUGUAUAUAAAGAUCGAGGACAAGUACGGUGAGGUGAAGGUGUUUCAUCCUCACAAGCAGGGCCGAGGAGCCGCAUCUUAUAACGUGACCUACGACGAGCUAGACACGGGCAAGGAGCGGCUGCACAAAUUCACAGCAUCGUCCAAGGUCACGAGGAUAGAGCCGGACAGGGAAGAGUGCCAAGUUCUGUAUACAAAAGGAUCUGGAAAAGAAGAGAAAAUCGUGGUACUUGCGGAUGCUGAGUACAACGAGGUGGAGGUUCCUCUUGCAUACUUCCAGGGCCACUCCAGCGUGCCAGAUGGUGCGACAGCUACACUCUACAAGGAUGACAACGACAUCAUCAAAAUCGUCUUGAAGUCCUAG